CUCCUCUCUGUUGGUUGUAUCACCCAGGCAGGUUAUUCCCUUGAUUUCAAGGAUGAGGAGUGCCACAUCUUCGACAAGAAGCAUCACCAGAUUGGAUCAAUUCCCCACAUCAAUGGGCUAUACAGACUUCAUGUACCUGUUUCUCAUCCAGAAGCUUAUCAUGUUGAUGAUAGACCACAUAUUGUGACACCAGAUGAAUUACAUUGUCUGAUGGGUCAUCUUCCAGUCGACAUGGCGAAGAAGCUUGUCAAAAAUCAAUUAGUUGAUGGUCUGGAACUUGAUGAAGAAAGCCCCACCUCAAAGGAUCAAUGCCCAUCAUGUCUGCAUGGCAGAAUGACAAGGAAAGCAGUCUCCAAGCUUAGGGAGAACGAUGCAUCAGGGGGAGUGGGUGAUCAAGUUCACAGUGAUGUGUGGGGACCAGCAACUAUUGAGACACCCCAGCACAAGAAAUACUACAUCACAUUUACAGAUGAU